UACAUUACUAAUCGUAAAAAAUGAAAUCAUUAAUCCUGUAAUAAGAAUAACUAUCCGUAUGUAUACCCCACAUUUUGUUUAUUUAUAUCUCAAAAUAUAAAUACUUCGAAGAAACUAUUUCAUUCGCACCUAAAAUUCUGUUUCUUCACCUCUUUCUGCAGAAUUACUUGGAAAAAUUGCCGUACGAGUAACGAAUUUUAUGAAUAAAUUUUUGAUCGAACUAUUUUCGUACUGUAUCAGUGCGCUGCUCGUGAAAAAAAAAACGAUGAUAAGGCGUUAAUAUAUAUGUAUAAACACAUGAUGAAAAAUAAAAUAAAAUAAUAUGACCGAAUACAUAAAAAUAAAGUAAAAACAAAAAAGCGAACUAGAAAGAUAAACGUGUCAUUCGUUAUUUUUUGCGUUCUAAUAAUUGAUACAUAUAUCCUAUCGCAAGAAGUAAAAGCCACAGUCGCCAUUUCGCGUUUCAAAUCUUUAAUCCUCCGGUUUGUCUUCAAACGUUCAAACAUCCGUGCAGAUUAAUAACGUGACAGGGUUGUCGAGAAGCGAAAUAUUUUUUUCGUCUCGCCCUGCAGCUCAGAGUUUUUUCCCCAUUUUGUACGCUUGUACGUGGAAUGUAAGUAAGAUUUUAUACGUCGAAAAACUUGAUUUCGACCGGACAACCUCGACCCGUGUCUCGCAAGUGCAGUGGAGUAAUAACGCAACGUUAUAGUUUUGAACAAAGAGAGAGGAAAAAAAGUUUAUCAGUUUCUUGAGUUUUCCAAAUUCGCGACGUCACUUAUUGCGAGCAAAAAAGAAUGGCGAAUUUCCUGCGACUUGGAGAAUAUUCAGCAGAAAGACGUCUUAAACUUGAGAAUUGGGAAACUUUGUUCGAUAAUCCCAUGCAAGACAAAUUGUGCAGCAGACCGUGUUUUCUCGAUUUUCUUUUUUCUUCGUCACUUUAUCGGGGUAUGUUAUCAGUUCUAUUCCACCUUUUGUUGCACGGUCACGGUUCGGCCAGUAUAUUUCACAAAUUAAAAUACUGCAAAAGAUUCCAAAGGUUUUUCGUACUUUUUCACAAUAAUUUUUUCGCUCCUUAAAAGUUCUAACGCAGGGAAACUCUUGGCGAAUAUUCUCUAGAUCGCGAAACUUAGAGAUCUUUACCUGUCCAAAGAGAUGAAAGAAUUGAAAAACUGACCGCUUCGCGAGGAACAAUAAGUUGUCCGGUCGGGUUCGGAGUGGUUGCGAUUUUUCUCUUCGGAAACGAAAUGACAGAAAGAUGUCGACAUUCGCGAACGAAUGUUACGCUAAGGAAAUCCCAGACAUUGUGAAGUUGUCACGUCUCCAUCGAACGGCGGGUAUCGUAUAAAUACCUCCGAGUCACCGACAUCAAUCAUCAGAAUACUUGGAGACAUCGUGUCUAGGGUACAACAGUAGUCGUCACGAGACAACAAUCAUGCAGUUCUUCUCGACAAUUUUAUUGGCAGCGUUGGCAGUUCUUGCCGUAGGGAUUCUCGACACCUCGGCGACCCCCAUUAGAUACGUCACACCAAAACCGGGUGUUCAUUAUAAAAUCCGUGUGGUUACACCAAAACCGGGAAUCCGUUAUCUUCGUUCAGUUGAUGACGAUGGAUUUUUGGCCGACUCGGACGUCGAGAUAUCGAGUCUUCAAAAUGAUCGACUUCCAAGAGCUGUGGAGACAAGGGAAAGAGUGCAGGGAACGACCGAAGCUAGCAGACUAGAUCGUGAAAUCAUCUUGGAUGCGAAUAGUCCGCAGGCCCAAGAAACAAAGCUCUCGUUAGAGAGGCGACGGUUUCUGCGAUCGGCGGAAGCAAUAGCUGCAGCCGAAGACGAUGAAAUUCUCAAAGUACUGAACACGGUCGAAGAAGUUCAACACGCCAUCAGCAGACGAAGCCCCGAGCGGGUUGUCAUCAACUACAAACCUCCCCCACCAAAUGAUCCGCGGUACGCGAGGUUUGCGGAGAUUGAAGAAAUCGAAGACCUCGAAGAAUGAGGAAUGACCAUCGAAUAAUCGUGUUCUUAUUAUUAGAAAUUAUUAAUGAAAUUGAUACCCAACCCCAGGGGGUUGAAUACUGUAAAAGUCAAUUAAUUAAUAAACAUUGAUCAAUAAACAUUACUUUCAAUGUCACGUGUAAACGUAUUACAGCUGAUGUUCGUUGUUUCAUCUACGAAAAAAUAACCAUCGAAUAAUAUCAUUGCUCCCCCCGUUAAUUCCGUAUUGUUUGAGUUAUUCUGAAAAAGUUCGACAAAGUUCCCUUUUCAAUUCCAUAACGCGUACACGGUGUUUACUCAAUUCGGAAAUACUGGAGCGAUUAAAAAAUUUCACGUCAAUAGUUAUUCGUGUACCAUACCGCUGAAAUGAGAGAAAAAAAUCAAUUCCGAAAAACAAAUUUACGCCUUACCGUAAAAAUGAAACGAUAUUCGUUACACCAAAACCAAAAUUUUACGACCUCAACUAAUUACUUCUACAACUGUUCUUCCGCCAUGCCAUAUUUAUUUUUCAAAGAAAGACGAUAAGCCGUGAAUCGUACACGCGCGUGAGUAUACGGAACAAGUGUCGAAAAAACCCCUAAUAACACCGCUGAGAUAAAAAUAAUUGCGUUCGAAUGAUAUAUGUUCAUAGUUAUGCUGCACCGAUGCGAUACUACAUCAACGUGACAUGCAAAAUAUUCGCGAAAAUAUAUGUACCUAUAAUCUAGCCACGGUCGAGACCCGCAAUCGAUGAUUGUUUGUUCAUCCGUAUGCGCCGUUAUUAACAUCGUAUCAGUUGAUCACCGAUAAAUACCUGCCCCCACAAGCGACUGCGGGCAGGCACACGGUGUGAAUAUAUACCUCCGAAUCGUCGGCGUCAAUCAUCAAAAUACUUGGAGACAUCGAGUCUACGGUACAACAGUAGUCAUCACGAGACAACAACCAUGCAGUUCUGCACGACAAUUUCGUUGGUAGUGUUGGCAGUUCUUGUCGUCGGGAUUAUCGAGACUUCGGCACUUCCUAGCGAACGACCUUACCGAUCGGCUGCACCUACCCUAGAAGAGAGGGAGAUUUUCCAACUGCUGAAUCCCGGCAAGCCGAUUCCAGAAGAAUUAUACAAACGUUCUGCUAACCAAGACGAGAGAGAAGUUUUCCAACUGCUGAAUCCCGGCAAGCCGAUUCCACCAGAAUUAUACAAACGUUCUGCUGGCAAAGACUCUAACGAGCCUGACCUGAUGUCCCUAGGGUUAUAGUGAUGAAAAAAUUAUUCGUGACUCAACGACCACCUUGCCGUUCGAUUCUGAUACUAUAUGCCGGUUAUAUUUGACGAUUGAUUUUAGAAGGAAAUAAAAAUGACGGAGAGUCGGAACAAUAUCAAGAUUAUUCGACACCCCCUGCAAGAAAACGAUAUUAUACGAACGCUAAUUGGAUGUGCGAAAAAAAAUCGAGUAUCGAGUCAUCGAAAGGUCAGUUACACGCCUCCGAUGGAUUGUUGAUAUUCAAGCGGCCUGCGUUUUUUUCUCUUUUUCUCUCACCUUUUGGUCUUGCUCAAUAAUAAUGAUUGUAAUAACAAUGAUAAUUUUCAAAAGAAGAAAAGAAAUUUCAUAUUGUAUAAUGUAUACGCAAUAAAUCAAAACACUUUCUUCAU